UCAAAAUAAAAAGUAUCCUUUUUCAACUUCAUCCAUCGUCUCUCUUUCGAAAAGGUUCAACCGUUCAACGGUUUUGAGUAAUUUGAGAUACCCUUUUGAAAAGAGUGACAACGGGUGCAGUUGAAAAAGGGUAAAAAGUUGCAUGAAUAGUUAGUUUAGUUCUAAUUUUGAGUGUCUGCAAAAUGCAAUGUUGUGUGAGGUAUAGUAAACUCACUUAUGAGUAGAAAUGUUUGCGCACACCUCAUUUUUUCAUUCACGCGCUGUCAAUCGUUUCGUUCGCCAUUGUUUGCUUUCGCAUUGACUUGCGCAGUUGUGAAUUUGAUCUUAGUCUACAUUUGCCCGAGUAAUUAUUCAAAAUGAACUGUAAAAUUAAUGAUAAUAAUAGUUUGAUUUUAGAACAAUGGCAGAUAUUUGGUCAUUGUACGACAAACUGGAUGGUGAGCGAGCACAGUGCAAAAAGUGUCCGAAGACCAUUUCUUGCAAGGGAGGCUCAACGAGUGGACUCUUGCGUCAUGGAGUUAACGUACACAACUUCCGGGUCAAGCGUCGUAUACCGGAAUCAGUUGAUCAACCCGAAGAUGUCCCGAGUGGUUCCAAGCAAGCAAAAAGCAGUACCUCCAAACAGUCGACGAUUGAACCGUUCAUUCAUAAAAAGCCCAUGAAUGAAAUGGUUGCUCGGCUGGCGGCUCAAGAUGGGCUGACCAUCAGUGCUAUUACAAACAGUAAAUUCAUACGUACUUCAUUUGCCCAACGAGGUUACCAGCUGCCGUUAUCAAAAACGUCCGUGAUGAAAUUGAUUCACGAUUACUACGAGAUCGCUAAACAACAGACCGUGCAACAGAUUCAGGAUAAGCUCGCCGAACUGCACUUCUUGAGCAUCACGCUGGAUGAAUGGACAAGUUCUGGCAACCGGAAGUAUUUGAACGUCAACGUUCAUUUUGGGGACGGAGCGUUCUUCAAUCUUGGACUGGUUCGCGUGAAGGGAUCGUUUCCGGCAGAGAAAAUUCUCGAAGCUGUUGAUCAACAUUUGGAGUGCUUUGCGAUCCGCGACCGCAACGUAGCAGCGGCAACAUCCGAUGCCGCUAAGGUGAUGGAGAAAUUUGGGAAACUGGCUACGUUCAAGCACCAACUUUGCUUUAAUCACGGUUUGCACUUGGCCGUAUGCGACGUGAUUUUCAAAUCUUCGGAGACCCCAGGCGAUCUCUUGGAGGAGUCGGAUUCGGACGAUGAGGAUUGUGAUUCAGAAGAAUCUGAUGACUCCAAGGACGCAACAAUACCUGGAUUGUACAACUCGUCAAAUUACCGGCCAGUUCUAUUGCAGAUCCGAAAUAUCUGCAAGCUGUUCCGCCGAUCCCCGGUCAAAAACGCGAUUCUGCAGAAGAAAGUUGUCCAAGAAUUCGGCAAACCGCUUCAAUUGAUCCUUGACGUGAAGACGCGCUGGAACAGUACAGAGCAGAUGUUGGCGCGUUACAUGAAACUACAUGGUUGUGUUGCUGAAGCUUUAAAAGAGCUUGAAGACUUGGCACCAGUUUCGACCUCCGACUUAGAAUCGAUUUCUCAGCUGUACGAUGCACUUCAACCGGUUCGUGUCGUUUCCGAACGUUUAGGAAAACGUGACGCGAACCUUCUGACGGCGGAAAGCAGUCUGAACUUUUUAGUUGCAAAACUGGAAAAAUUAAACUCAGCUUUGUCGCGCCAAAUACUUGAUGCGGUGAGACUGCGAAUUAACCAGCGCCGAAACAUUGGAAUUACCUCGCUGAUCAAAUUUCUGAACAAUCCUAAUGAUUGGGAAUCAAACUCGGCGUUCCCACUCUUGUCACGCUCAAAUUUGUUCAAGUUUGUAAAAGAGGACUGCUUGGAUUUGAUCAAGUGGCAUUCAGAUGAUGUGAAUGGAACAAAUGCUGCAGAAUCCGACUCGGACUUGCAAGCGGAACCCAAAUCCAUUCAGGAUGAGCUUGCCGCUUUCAUCAAUGGAAAGGCUGAAGGACCGUCCAACAAGCAAUCGACCACAAAGGCGAGCAAGUCUAGUAUCAUCCAUAAGGAGUUAACACUGUUCGAAAUAACCGGAGAGCUAACUUUCGGACUGAAGUCGCUGUUCAAUGGGUUGAAAUCAAUCAAACCUACGUCUACCGAUAGUGAGCGGGUCUUUGCCGAUGCAGCAAACAUCUGUACCAAGAAACGCACGAGCUUGGCAGACAAGAGCAUCCACGUGAUCUCCAAGCAGCACCAGAAGGAGAUCGAGCGCGCGUCCACCACCGCCCCGCAUCGAGUGUGGGACAAGUUUCAUCCCGGCACACGCUACAUCGCCGGAAGCGACGAGCCGUCAACAUCUCGUCUGGAGGAGGGUCUCGGACCUCCUGGCGGUUCCAUCCGCCCACGUGCUGGCCCGGAAAGUCCAUUCCCAGCCCGCGCAACAUCAUCAAAGUCGACCGCGCGAUCGCAGGUCGAACCGACAUCGUCGUCCACGCCGACUACGAACACGCGGCGAGGAACAGCAGCAGCAGCAUCAGCAAGUAACAGGAGCAACAGCAGCAGUCCGGUGAGUCCGUUCUUUUUCUGCGGGUGA